UGACAUUGUGCAGCAAAGAAAUGGUUAUGGAGAAGCCCAGUCCGCUGCUGGUAGGGCGGGAGUUUGUGAGGCAGUAUUAUACUUUGCUGAAUAAAGCUCCAGAAUAUUUACACAGGUUUUAUGGCAGGAAUUCUUCUUAUGUUCAUGGUGGAGUAGAUGCUAGUGGAAAGCCCCAGGAGGCAGUUUAUGGCCAAAAUGAUAUACACCACAAAGUAUCAGCUCUGAACUUCAGCGAAUGUCAUACUAAAAUUCGUCAUGUGGAUGCUCAUGCAACCUUGAGUGAUGGAAUAGUGGUCCAGGUCAUGGGUUUGCUGUCUAAUAGUGGACAGCCAGAGAGGAAGUUUAUGCAAACCUUUGUUCUGGCUCCUGAAGGAUCUGUUCCAAAUAAGUUUUAUGUUCACAAUGAUAUGUUUUGUUAUGAAGAUGAAGUACUUGGUGAUUCUGAACCAGAACUUGAUGAAGAAUCAGAAGAUGAAGUAGGAGAGGAACAAGAAGAAAGGCAACCAUCUCCAGAACCUGUGCAAGAAAAUGCUAGCAGUGGUUACUAUGAAGCUCACCCUGUGACUAAUGGCAUAGGGGAGCCAUUGGAAGAGUCGUCUCACGAACCUGAACCUGAGCCAGAAUCUGAAACAAAGACUGAAGAGCAGAAACCACAAGCGGAGGAGAAGAACUUGGAGGACGUAGAGGAGAAGCCCGCUUCUCCUCCUCCCGCUGAGCCUGUGUCGCUGCCACAGGAACCACCCAAGCCGAGAGUGGAAGCUAAACCAGAAGUUCAGUCUCAGCUACCUCUUGUGCGUGAACAGCGACCUAGAGAACGACCUUGCUUCCCUCCUAGAGGACCAAGACCAGGUGAGUCAGCCCCUUCUGUGGCCUUCAGCACUUAA